AAUGUGUCAUUAUCUUGUGGGUCGGACACUGCAUCUGUUUCCUGGGCAGCAUCCAGUGGCCUUGUUUCAUACUAUACAGUAACAGCAGUAGAUGAUAAUGGACGUACGCUAACCAGCAACUCCAACAGAACUUCCUGUGACAUCAGCGGCCUGUCGUGUGGUCAGGCGUACAAUGUGUCAGUCACAGCUAUGAGUGUGGACUGCACUGGGCAACGCAGUGAAGUGCGUCGCAUCAGUACUGCUCCCUGUGACCCUCAAAACAUCACAACUGUGCUCCAGUGUGACACCAACACAGCCAACGUGACAUGGACUGCCAGCGCAGGAGCUAAUGGGUACACAGCAAUGGCAACAGACAGGCAGCAGCAACGUUUAGCUUCUUGUCACUCUAUGGGAACUUCCUGUCAGCUGACCUCUCUGCCGUGUGGGAUGAGACUAAAUGUGACUGUCCAAGCUGAUGGCACCACCUGCAACAGCAGCUCUCAACCUAAAGCUGUAGUGGAAACAGCUCCCUGCAUUCCCGCCAGUGUUGCUGCCGCUCUAAACUGUACAUCCAACAUUGCUUCCAUCACCUGGUACAGUGCACUUGGUGCCACUUGGUACUUGUUAAAGGCAGAAAGCAGCCAAGGGUACAAGACAUCCUGCAACAACACUGUCACACACUGUGAUAUCCCAAACCUGCAGUGUGGCCAGGAAUAUUCCAUCACAGUCAUGGGCAUGAAUGGUGUCUGCAUGGGCCCGGCUAGCCAGCCUGUCACUCUCGUCUCAGCACCGUGCCACAACACUGGCAUUCAAGCCAGUCUGGACUGCCGCACCAACUCAGCACUCAUUUCUUGGACACCAGGCAAUGGUUCAUUAAGUUUUAAUGCAACACUACAGUCGCUCCAGGACCCCCAAAAGCACAACUGCUUCACCAAUGGCUCCUCCUGCAACAUUGGCUCACUGCCGUGUGGUCAGCACUAUAACAUCUGUGUUACAGGAUACGGCCAGACCUGUUCAACCUCUUCUAAAGCCUUGGUCACUCUAGACACAGCUCCAUGUGUUCCCACUCAAGUCAAUGUGUCAUUAUCUUUUGGGUCGGACACUGCAUCUGUUUCCUGGGCAGCAUCCAGUGGCCUUGUUUCAUACUAUACAGUAACAGCAGUAGAUGAUAAUGGACGUACGCUAACCAGCAACUCCAACAGAACUUCCUGUGACAUCAGCGGCCUGUCGUGUGGUCAAGUGUACAAUGUGUCAGUCACAGCUAUGAGUGUGGACUGCACUGGGCAACGCAGUGAAGUGCGUCGCAUCAGUACUGCUCCCUGUGACCCUCAAAACAUCACAACUGUGCUCCAGUGUGACACCAACACAGCCAACGUGACAUGGACUGCCAGCGCAGGAGCUAAUGGGUACACAGCAAUGGCAACAGACAGGCAGCAGCAACGUUUAGCUUCUUGUCACUCUAUGGGAACUUCCUGUCAGCUGACCUCUCUGCCGUGUGGGAUGAGACUAAAUGUGACUGUCCAAGCUGAUGGCACCACCUGCAACAGCAGCUCUCAACCUAAAGCUGUAGUGGAAACAGCUCCCUGCAUUCCCACCAGUGUUGCUGCCGCUCUAAACUGUACAUCCAACAUUGCUUCCAUCACCUGGUACAGUGCACUUGGUGCCACUUGGUACUUGGUAAAGGCGGAAAGCAGCCAAGGGUACAAGACAUCCUGCAACAACACUGUCACACACUGUGAUAUCCCAAACCUGCAGUGUGGCCAGGAAUAUUCCAUCACAGUCAUGGGCAUGAAUGGUGUCUGCAUGGGCCCGGCUAGCCAGCCUGUCACUCUCGUCUCAGGUACUUGA